CCCAGUCUUCGGCAGGCGUAGGCAAGCGUGUGGCUCGGGCGGUGCUCUUGCUUGCGAGGCUGUCCGCGUCCUGCGUGGACGGCGAGAGACGUUUGGGGUUUGAGGCCGGAACUGGGGACUAGAAGAAACGCUCUGUCGCGGCUCUCAACUUUUUCGUCGACUGGAGAGGCGACUAUGAGGGAAGGGAGUGAGUGAGAGAGAGCGAAAGAGAGUGAGCGAGCCAGCGGGGUAGGCGCAACCCGUUCCUCUUCGGAGAAGCGUCCAUGGAGGCGGAUUGAAUUGGUUCUGGAUUGCUUUGAAAAAACAUCAGUUCAACUGACUUGGAAGGUCAGACAUCCACAUAAAUGCAGUAUUUAAGUGUAAAAGAAGACUGCAAAGCUAUGGCUUUCUGUGCAAAAAUGAGAAGCUCCAAGAAGAAUGACGUGAACACAGAAGCUCAAGAGCAGGGCUUGGAAGUAGCAUUCUAUUUACAAGAGAAGCCUUCUCUUUGGUAUAGGUGUGGCAAGUAUACAGCAGAAGACCUUUGCAUUGAAGCUGCUCGGAAGUGUUCUAUAUCACCAUUGUGUCACAAUCUAUUUGCACUGUUUGAUGAAAGCAGAAACUUGUGGUAUGCACCAAAUCAUGUCUUCCAGGUAGAUGACAAAACUGCACUCCAGAUUCAUUAUCGCAUGAGGUUUUACUUUACCAACUGGCAUGGGGCAAAUGAAAAUGAACCAUCUGUCUUGAGACAUUCUCCAAAGAAACCAAAGAAUUCUUAUGAAAAGAAGCAAGUGCAGGAAGGAACACCCCUACUUGAUGCAAAUUCACUGGAAUAUCUCUUUGCACAGGGACAGAAUGAUCUGGUAAGAUGUUUUGCACCUGUUCGGGAUCCUAAAAAUGAUCAGGAGAGUCAUGAAAUUGAAAAUGAAUGUCUGGGCAUGGCUGUACUAGCAAUUACCCAUUAUGCAAUUAAAAAAAACCUGAGAUUGCCAGAACUUCCCAGGGACAUCAGUUAUAAAAGGUAUAUUCCUGAAACUUUGAGCAAAACAAUUAGACAGAGGAACAUCUUGACCAGAAUACGGAUAAACAAUGUUUUCAAGGAUUUCCUUAAGGAAUUUAACAAUAAAACCAUUUGUGACAGCAGUGUUUCUCCACAUGAUCUGAAGGUGAAAUACUUGUCCACAAUGGAAACAUUAACAAAGCAUUAUGGAGCAGAAAUCUUCGACGCUGCCUCAUUGCAUGUUUCAUUUGAGAAUGAGAAGAACUGUAACCUGGAAGACUCUACAGACAUCCCAAAUUAUGAAGUGAUGGUAACAGGCAAUCAUGGAAUUGAAUGGCGGCUCAAAUCAUAUGUUACACAGAGUGAGAAAGAAAAGCAUAAAAUGAAGAAGAAAAAAACAGACAGUAAAGUCAAGAAAAAUGAAGGAAAAAAUAAGAGGGAGGAAUGGAAAAAUUUUUCUUACUUUCCUGAAAUUACCCACCUUGUGAUCAAGAAGUCCAUCAUCUGCAUCUACAAGCAAGAUAACAAAAGGAUGGAAUUUAAACUGUCUUCACAUGAGGAAGCCUUGUCAUUUGCUGCCUUGAUAGAUGGCUACUUCAGGCUUACCGCAGAUGCCCAUCACUAUCUGUGUACAGAUGUUGCACCUCCCUUGAUAAAACACAACAUUAAAAAUGGCUGCCAUGGCCCAAUUUGCACAGAAUAUGCCAUCAACAAGCUGAAACAGGAAGGCAAUGAGGAAGGGAUGUAUAUCUUGAGGUGGAGUUGCACAGACUUCAAUAGUAUCCUCUUGACUGUAAUAUGUAAUGAAUACUCACAGCAAUUGCUGAAUACUCCUAAACAGUACAAGAACUUCCAGAUUGAAAUUAAGAAAGAUGGAUGUCUUUUGCAGGGAUCUGAUAAAUUUUUUCCCUCUCUGAAGGAAUUGAUGGACCAUUUAAAAGGGCAGAUGCUUAGAACAGAUAAUAUAGUUUUUACACUCAAGAGGUGUUGUCAGCCAAAGCCAAGAGAAAUCUCCAAUUUGCUUGUGGCUACAAAGAAAUCCCUAGAAUGGCAACCAGUAUGCCCAUUAGGUCAGCUGAGCUUCCAUCGAAUACUUAAAGAAGAAAUAAUACAAGGUGAGCAUCUUGGAAGAGGAACAAGAACACAGAUUUACUCGGGGAUUCUUAGCUAUAAAGAUGAUGAAAAUUAUCAGAGUGAAAAGAUUAAAGUUCUUCUUAAAGUCUUAGACCCCAGCCACAGGGACAUUUCUCUGGCAUUUUUUGAGACGGCAAGCAUGAUGAGACAAAUUUCUCACAAGUACAUCGUCCUUCUUCAUGGAGUUUGUGUUCGUGAUGUAGAGAACAUUAUGGUGGAAGAGUUUGUUGAAUUUGGGCCUUUGGAUCUUUUUAUGCACCGUAAAAGCGAUGUCCUUACAACUCCUUGGAAAUUCAAAGUAGCAAAACAGUUGGCAAGUGCAUUAAGCUAUCUGGAGGACAAAAAUUUAGUACAUGGAAAUGUGUGCACAAAAAAUAUAUUGUUGGCAAGAGAAGGAAUUGACAAUGAAUACGGACCUUUCAUAAAACUAAGUGACCCAGGAAUUCCAAUAAUGGUGUUGUCUAGACAAGAAUGUGUUGAACGUAUUCCUUGGCUUGCACCAGAAUGUGUUGAAGACCCCAAAAAAUUAAGUGUGGCUGCAGAUAAGUGGAGUUUUGGCACAACAUUGUGGGAAAUUUGCUACAAUGGAGAAACGCCUCUUAAAGACAAGACAUUAGCAGAGAAAGAGAGGUUUUAUGAAGGGCAUUUCACACUUCCAGUCCCAUCUUGCAAGGAGCUCGCUGAUCUGAUGAAGCAAUGCAUGCACUAUGACCCUAAUCAGAGACCAUUCUUUAGGGCAAUUAUGCGAGAUAUCAACAAACUAGAAGAACAAAAUCCUGAUAUUGUGUCUGAGAAGAAACCCAAUGCAGAGAUUGAUCCCACCAUUUUUGAAAAACGUUUUCUGAAGCGGAUUCGGGACCUAGGCGAGGGUCAUUUUGGCAAAGUUGAGCUCUGCAGGUAUGAUCCUGAAGGUGAUAAUACAGGAGAACAAGUGGCAGUAAAGUCAUUGAAGCCUGAGUGUGGUGGGAACCAUAUUGCUGACCUCAAGAAAGAAAUUGAAAUUCUGAGGAACCUUUAUCAUGAAAACAUUGUAAAGUACAAAGGAAUCUGCACUGAAGAUGGUGGAAAUGGAAUUAAGCUUAUAAUGGAGUUCCUUCCUUCUGGAAGCCUAAAGGAAUAUCUCCCACGGAACAAGAGCAAGAUCAGUCUGAAACAACAAUUGAAAUAUGCCGUACAAAUCUGCAAGGGAAUGGACUAUCUGGGGUCUCGACAGUAUGUUCAUCGAGACUUAGCAGCAAGGAACGUUCUAGUUGAAAAUGAGCAGAGAGUAAAGAUUGGUGACUUUGGACUAACCAAAACAAUUGAGACUGAUAAGGAAUACUACAAAGUCAAUGAUGAUCGAGACAGUCCCGUGUUCUGGUAUGCUCCUGAAUGCUUACUGCAGAGCAAAUUCUAUAUUGCUUCAGAUGUUUGGUCCUUUGGAGUGACCCUCUAUGAACUAUUGACCUACUGUGACUCUGAGUGCAGUCCAAUGGCAGAAUUCUUGAAGAUGAUUGGUCCAACUCAGGGGCAGAUGACAGUCACACGGCUUGUGCGCCUAUUAGCAGAUGGCAAGCGCUUGCCAUGUCCUAAAAAUUGCCCAGAAGAGGUUAACCAACUGAUGAGGAAGUGUUGGGUGCAAGACCCAGCGGAGAGGACACCUUUUCACAAUCUGAUUCAAGGGUUUGAAGCACUUAUAAACAAGAUGUAAUCCAGAGGUUUUAUACUGUUACCCUUAAAUAGUUGGAAAAUAUAUUACCUUUAUUACCUGUUGUAAUUUUGUACUGUGGUAAUGCCGUGUUUGAAAGGGUAUCUUCUGUCCAAGAGUAUUCCUAUUUGAAUAGUAAACCCUUGGAUCUCAGUAGUUAAAACAAAGCAGCAGAAAAAUGUUGAGCAGUUCACUAUUCAAUAUCUGUGCCACUUCAUUGUUCUACCAUUUAGAAUCUGAUCGGUGUUUCAGAAGAGAAACUUGCAGCAUCAGUGGUAUUGACUCAGCAUAAAUUGUUCUGAAAGCCAUACCCCCAGGGCUUUUACUUAUUUCCCUUUAUGCAUUUCAAAUCAUGUUGGGCUAAAAAAGCAAAAAGUGCAGAACAGCACCAUGACUGAGCGAUGGUGACAUUUAUUGAACAAAGUAUAAUGAACUGGCAGGUGUUUUCUGACUGUCUUUAACAUUUGGAAUUGUAUUGGAAUGCAAGAUUAGUUCUUGAAGCAUUCAAGUAUUUUAACAGAAAUAGGGGGCCAUUGGCCUUCUUUUCCUCAAACAUUUGUCAUCUCAUGCUAACAUGGUGAAUCAUCAUGAACUAGCAUUAACGUCCCAAAGCAUUUGUUAUGGCAUCAGUGCCAACUGUUCCAGAGGGGAAAAUGUGAAAAGCAAACGUUUAAAAUGGAGCACUUUGGCUAUUUUGCGAACAGAAGGAAGUGCGCAGCCUUCACCUCCAGCCUCCUCUCCCCUUUUCUUUCGAGGUCCGCCCUGCCUUCUCCUGCUCCUCACAGUUCUACUAGGCAUGUCCAAGCUGUCAAACAAACCUAAAGUAGCUGUUUGGAUUCUAAGCUUUGCUUCUCUUGGUACAUUUCUUGCAUUUGUAAACUGCCCAUAGUAAAUUCAUUAAAAUCUGAAUGUACCAUCAUAUGGGAAGGUCCUUUGUAUAGUUAAAAACUUCUAGAAGAUUUCUCUAUGAUAAUCUUUAAUAUUUCGUUUAUUGAGUUCUCUUUAAAAAAAAGAAUGUUCCUCAUUUGCAGUAUAGCUUUGUAAGCUUGUUGCUUGGCAUGCUGUCAAAGAUUGUCUAUCUGAUUUUGACAUGCUUGUUUUUGGAAGAGCGGUGUUCAGCCUAUUGAAACUAUACCAUGGCCAAGAGACAAUUAUAACAAGUUUUGAUUCCUGAAAAAAAUUUAAAUAGCUAUGAGAAUUUCUGUUAUUAAUGGAAGUUUUGUGUCCUUAUCUUACAGUGUGGGAUUUAGAGAAAUCCACCUCAUAUACAGCAAAUGUUUGUUACCAAGUGUGAUGGGGAAAUUGAUUCUAAUGUAAGAGAACUGAGGAAUACACUGACUAGUGCUUGACAAUGUUUUGGGCUAUUAUCAUGUAGCAUAUUGUCAAACAACCAGAAUGCUAGCUUUUCAUUGUCUUUUGAAGGCAGAUACAUAAGGAUGAGCUGAGCGUGAAGGUAUCGCAUAUGAAAUUCACCAUGGCUACCAGCACACUUUGUGGGAGGAUGCUGUAAGAGAUAAAGCACACCAUAGAAAUGUGUACAUUAUUCCUGCACUAUAAAGAAAUAGUUGAUCAUAACUUAACAGCAGAUGGGGAAGUAGGGAGACACUGCAUUGAACUGAGUGUUAGUCAUUCUUAGACUAAAUUCAUUGCUUUGUUAAAAUUAAGUGAAAGAAUUAUUUGUGAUUAACUCAAGAUCUUUCAAUUUCAAUGGUCUACUCUAAGCAUGAUUAGGCUGAACCCAACCCAUAAAGUGGUCUGGUCUGGCCUUUUCUUCCCCUUUCCCCUUCUAAUGAAGAGAGUAGUCCUUAUAUUUAUCCCUAGAUUGGAGCCAUAACUCACAAGUAACUAAACUAUAAAUUUCCCAUAUGUGGAUUCACUCGUCACUAGGUGAAAGUAUAUGAUGGACAUUGUUUCAAAUAAUUUCUCUUUACUUUGAGCCUGCUCUUAACUAAAGUCAAAUACUGUAUGUGAAGUAUUCAUGAUUGCAAUAAUGUAAAAUGUAAUCAAAAUCAAACAAGAACUGUAAUUGUUGAAUAUUUUGUUCAGUUAAGAGCUAUCUUUAAGUAGUGCCUGUUUUUGCUGUAAUCCAAUAAUAUGACUGUUAUAUGCACUUUGUUAUUCUUUAUACAAAAUAAAGAUUUUAUCUAUGAA